GUUAAUAUUCUCUUAAAAUGUUCGCAGCGUGCAGCACGUUUACAGGCGCAAAAUAUGAGAAAGGAAGUCGGGUUUUUAUCACUAAUAACCUCUAACUGCAUAGAGGCUUUGAAGUAUGUGACAUCUUCCUGUGUAACGUUAGUGGGUUGUUGAUUCACCUGUCUCUCUACAAGCCAUUCAUCUACAAUCGGGCGCUUUUCUCCCACUCAAAAGGACAACUAUUGAAGUGUCAUACGUAGAGACAGCUAUAACAGUCAAGCUUGCAUCACCUGCUACACACAUCUAGGCUGUCUCGGCGUGCGUCCAGGCGAAUUCGACAGGGAUUUAAAAUUGCUGACUUUCUUGAAGUAUACCUUAUAACGCGAUGUGGAAUUCCGUAAUGGUCGUUCUCGUUGCGUUCUUGACUUUGCACUCACUCUCUUUCGUAUCGCAAGCGCAAAAUAGAUUCCAAAUACCAGGUAAUGUGACAUUUGCGGUAACUCUUCCAGUACACGUAAAAACACCGGUGGAUACAUGUUCAUCGACGCUGUAUUCUCACGGCUUAGGCCUUGGCUACGUCGAGACCAUUGCAUUCUCCGUGCGCAACAUCAACAACGAUCCAAGUAUUCUACCCAACAUCAGGCUAGGAAUAGACAUAUGGGAUUACUGCAAUACAGCGAGACUGGCUGUGCAAACCGCACACGAAAUCAUUAGCAACAACCAGUUGUAUGAGCUGGUUCACGAGCACGGAGUCCAGACUGCAAGGGUGGGGAAUGUGAGUUCGCCGGUAUUGGCAGUUAUUGGGACCAUGGGAUCAUCUAGUUCCACCUUCGUAUCAAGCCUACUUCAGGUAACCCACGUGCCACUUAUAAGUCCGUUCGCCACAAGCGAGGAGCUGAGCUCACCCUUUUUCGGCGCAUUUUUCCGCACAGUACCCCCCGACGGGGAGCAGGCCAAGGCCAUGGCGAGCAUCAUCGAGCAUUUCGGGUGGACCUACGUCGCCGUGUUGGCGCUCGACACAACGUACGGUCAAUACGGGGUGCGCGCACUGCAGCGGGUCUCAUUUAGACGAAAGACUUUCUGCAUCGCGCUUACAGAGUUCUUCACGGAGACGGGAUACAACGGGCAGUUUAUGCACAUUAUCACGAAACUCAAACUCCUAAAAAAUACUAAAGUCGUGGUGCUAUGGGCAGACCAUGAAAGUGCCAAGGCGUUCCUGUACGAAGCGGAGCGUCGCGAACUGUUUGGGCGCACGUUUUUGAUGAGUGAAGCGAUGUCGACAGUUGAUGCUGGCGUCCUGGCCAGGCACGAGGCGGUGCUGAGGGGGGCGUUGGGCGUGGUCCCGCACAAGUUCCGGGACGUCGAAUUAGAGGAACACCUAAAGAACAUUGCACCCUUGGUGACGACACGGGGAAGAAUACCGUGGUGGGAUGAGUUCUGGGAGCAGGAGUUCAACUGCACUAGCAGCGUCCAUGGGAAGUCACACCUUUCGCCUUGCAGUGAGUCCCUGCGAUUGUCUCAUACUGGGUUGCAAAAGGUCUCUAAUGGUUACACGUCGUACAUCACGGACGCUGUCUACGCCAUAGCCAGGUCCUUGCACGAAUUGUACAAGUGUAAUUCGACAUCAGGGUGUUUACACGCGUCUCGAGCCAGCCCAAAGGACGUGACAGAGAAGUUGAGAGAGAUCUCUUUCCAGGGUCAAACUGGGCUGGUGAACUUCACGACUUCUGGUGACCCGGAGACUGCACGCUACGAUUUCAUCAACUUCCAGGAAAGAGGAGGAGAUUACGCGAUUGUGAAAAUAGGUGAGUGGUCAGCACGCGGGGCAAGCGCCGCACCCACGAUCAAGAACAACUCCAUCCUCUGGAACACGGAGGGAAACACCAUUCCCGUAUCCGUGUGCGAGAAACAGUGUAAGGCCGGCUACAAGCAGAUUAACACUACAACUUGUUGCUGGACUUGCAUUGUCUGCCCAAAUGGUUUCUUCAACAGUAUCCCCGGCUCGUCAAACUGCACCGAGUGUUCGCCGGAGCAGACGUCCAUCAAGGACAGGACCAAGUGUAUUGACCGACCCCUGGUCAAUAUUCGAUGGUCUGACACCGAGGCUGUUCUAUUCCUCUUGCUGGCCAUUCUAGGCCUCUUAGCGACGCUGUUUGUCGCGAUCGUGUUCAUCAAACAUAAGGACACGCCCGUAGUUCGGGGAUCCAACCGCGAACUUAGUUAUUUCCUUCUGUUCGUAAUCUCCAUGCUGUACAUCAUGACAUUCGUGCAGCUCGCAUUACCGACCGAUACCAUCUGCUACCUCCUUCAGCCGUGGCGCUAUAUAUCCUGCACUCUGUCCGUCUCCAUUCUUUUCUUGAAAACCAACCGCAUCGUGCGCGCGUUCCAGACGGUCGUCCCCGAAUGGUUCAAGAAAUACGUGUUGGAUCGCAAGCGCCAGUUCAUCGCGGUACUCGUGCUGAACUGCGUGGAAGUCUUACUGGCGGUUUGCUGGCUGUUCUUUGAUGCUCCCCACCGCAAGCGCAUCAUCACGACCGUGAUCUUCGUCACGUGCUCUCCGUACAGGACCGUUGUAGGUGGCAUACUACGAGCCGUCAUGUUCGGUUAUUUCAUCCUCAUGUCGCUCCUCUGCACCUUCUACGCCUUCAAGGCCCGCAAGCUGCCAGAGAACUUCAACGAGGCCCGGUACAUCGGGUUCUCCAUGUACGUGUUGUUGUUGUCCUGGGUGGCGUAUUACCCGGUAGACUCGGCGCUCGAGGGAUCGUACAUCACGAUCGUGGCGUGCGCGACUGGCCUCGUGAUGGCAUAUGGUCUACUUGGAUGCAUGUUUCUACCCAAAGUCUUUGUCAUUCUCAGAUACCCAGAGAAGAACACGGAGGAGUUUGUGAAAGCUUCAGUGGGUCGUUUUAAUUUCAGCUCAAACAAUUGAAAAUUCCAUUCUAAAAUUUGAACUUGAGCUCUAAUAAAUUAUACUGCCAUGCAUUCAAAUUCUGGAUUUGAAGACUUCAUGUAGCAGCCUGUAGUACUUAAAAAGGCACAUUUUGUUGUGCUCUUAAAAGUUCAAAUGGCUUUCAAAGACCUGAUUGAGUUAUUUAUACGUUACCCAUGAUCCACAUUCUACCGUCAUGCUUCGACACAUGGAUUUUCCAGGGCAACCGUAUUCCGUAUAUGGGAUGCAGCACUGAUCAAUUCUUGGACCUAAUUGUUUGGACAGAUUAUUUUUACGUCACUGGAAAUAGACGAUACUUAUUAUCAAAGGCUAGUGUGCAAUUCUUUAUUUUAUUUCAUGGGAACUUUUACUGUAAAGGCCUGUGCGAGCUAUUGUUAGUCUUUCGGUGAUGUGUAAAACUUAUGGAUAAAACUUCAAAUGACGUACUGCCAAUUGAGUGGUUAUUUCUUGGUUAUCUUAGUAGUAGAGUCCCCCUUUAUAAUAAAUCCUGUCCUAAUAAGCGUUCAUGUACUGAAAUUACCUCUGCAAGAGAGUGGGUUAUUUAGGUUUGUUGUCAGAUUGACAGGUUACCUUUAGGCCUUAUGUACACAAAGACGUACAUAACAAAGGCACUUUCGAUCCCAAGUAAAACAGCAAUAAUAUCAAAUAGUAUUGACGACAGAUUGGUAAAAUUUAUCCACUUAAGUACAAACACUCUCUCCAAAUGCGACAGAUGCUAUAAAUAAAUUCUUUAAUGCUUUAUACAUAUUUACAUUUCCUUUGUUAUAUGAAUAAAAAUAUAUUUCCAUUUAGUA